AGCCAAGACUUCCAUACCUGAAUCUUUACAAAAUUCUUUUGCAACCAAACAAAAAAAUUAACGAGAACACUGGCGCCAUGUCCGAGCCCACGGCAUUCACUGUUAGGCCGUCGCCUCCUACGAGUUCAUUAGACGGAGCCUUUCGCGUCCACCUUACCGCAAAAGAUCUGGAUCUCCUCGGCCUGAAGUUAGGCGAACUUUGCACUCUGCAUUCAGGCGAUGGUUCAUCUGCAGUCGGCAUUGCUUGGAGAUCUCUGGAUACCAGUCAAAAGCCUCAACUUCAUCCGGUAAAACUGUCCGAGCCCAUGCGUGACUCCUUCGGAUGCAAGCUUGGUAGCCAAAUCACCAUCAAGAAAAUUAACAAUGGUAAAAUUGCUCAUGCAGACCGGGUUGUUGUCAUCGAUGUGUCUGAUAACGACAAAAUCGACCUUACCAAGGAUGACAAGAGCUGGAAAUGGCGUUGUGGUAUGGCUUUGGGUAAUGUCGAGGCAAUCACGACCGGUGUGGCAUUUGAGGCCUCGUCACGCAAAGGUCUGAGAAAACGCUUCCUUAUUGAACACAUCGAAUCCAGCGAAGCCACCGCAGCCACAGGCUUGUACGUUUUCGAUGACAGGAGUCAGAUCGCUCUUCAAGACGAGGAAUCUGAAGUAACUCCCGAAGCGCCUAUUACACGUUCGAUCGCUGUGACCUCUGAGGGAAUUGGUGGUUUGAACAAGCAAAUUGAGCUUCUCAACAAGCGUCUGUCACGGUUGAUUGGCGACAUCAGAGGCAAGAGACUGCCACCUCAAGUUCAGCGCAAUGGAGGUAUCCUUCUCUAUGGCCCCGAAGGAACUGGCAAAACACUUCUACUCAAUCAUCUCACACAAGCACCCUGGAAGAAGGUCGUCAGAAUCGACCAGAGCGCGCUUGCUGGAACGACUAGCAAGAACCAAGUUUCUGUCCGCAACCUGUUCGCUGAAGCAGUAGCACAUCAGCCCAGUCUGGUUAUCAUGGAUAACCUCGAGUCAAUCGCUGGUACACAGCAACGCGAUUUUACCGUAGGCAACCUCGCGCCAGCUUUGGUCGCCGAGCUUGAUAGGCUACGAAACACACACGUCUUGGUCGUGGCUGCCGCACACAAUCCCAACGAUAUCGACAAGUCUUUGCGCACACCUGGACGCCUCCGCUACGAGAUCGAAAUACCGAUCCCUGAUAUGAGAGCACGCAUCCAGAUCCUUAAGGUCAUGCAAGGGGAAACCGGCACUGCUGAGCUCGCCGAAGCCAUCGGAGAGCGUACCCAUGGCUUCGUCGGCCAGGAUCUUGAAGCUCUCUUCAACAACGCUCUCGAGCAUGCUCUCGACAGGCAUCAGGAUACGACGACAAACUGGCUCCCAAUUCAACGUACCGACGACGAAUCACAAUCUCAGAGAACCCUUGUCAAUGGCAUGGAGAACUGCAGUAUUGACGACAGACCACGCACCGCUGACACAGAUGAUGAUGCGGAUCUCCAAGUGACGCUCGCCGAUUACGAAAAAGCUCUGCUUGAAGUCAGACCCACAGCCAUGCGCGAGAUCUUCCUCGAAACACCCAAAGUUCUAUGGUCAGAUAUCGGAGGUUCGGGCGAUGUCAAGAAAACGCUGAAUGAGGUCGUCGAGUGGCCUCUCAAAUUCGAAGAGCACAUGCAGGCUCUGAGCCUUACACCUCAAAAGGGUAUCCUGUUCUAUGGUCCUCCUGGUUGCUCUAAGACUUUGACAGCCAAGGCAGUCGCGACCGAGUCCGGCCUUAACUUCAUUGCCGUAAAGGGCGCUGAAUUGACGUCAAUGUACGUCGGUGAAUCCGAGCGCUCGGUGCGCGAGGUGUUUAGGAAGGCGCGCGCAGCUGCCCCAAGUAUCAUUUUCUUCGAUGAAAUUGACUCUAUUGGCUCAGAGCGCGAUUCCUCAGGCACAAAAGGCUUGAACGUGCUUACCACCCUGCUCAACGAAAUGGACGGUAUCGAGAGUCUCAAGGGCGUGCUAGUACUGGCAGCUACCAAUAAGCCAGAGGUCCUUGAUCCUGCUCUAUUGAGACCAGGCCGCUUCGACAGCCUUAUCUAUAUCGCUCCGCCGUCGCAAUCGGCUCGCAAGGAGAUAUUGCGCAUCCGUACGCGCAGCGUACCGCUCGCUGAUGAUGUCGACAUUGAAGACCUUUCGGAGCGUACGGAAGGCUUCUCAGGCGCUGAAAUCGUCGAGAUCUGCUUGAAUGCUUGCAGAGCCGCCAUGCGUAGAAGGGUCGAAAUCGUCACCCAACCACGCGAUGCUGAUGUAGUUGACCAGGGAGCCAUCGACGAGCUCAUGAAAGUCUCAAAACCAGAUUUCGAUACAGCCCUAGCUACCGCAGUACGCAGGAUCACACCAGAAAUGACCGAAGGUUAUGAGCAUUGGCGUGAUGGGCUCACCAAGAAGUUGUAGAGGGAGAGAGAAAGAUGAUUUGCUUCGAUACAGAUACUAUAGCUAGUGAGAAAGACAUAAUGAAAAUCUGAUAUCCCCACCCG